AUGAAGCUCUCCUUCGGAGGCUUGUCCAUUAUCCUCAUAUGUCUCAGCCAAUGGGCAGCUGCCGCGACGGUAUUCUUCCCAGUCACUUUGUCAUGGACAAAUAGAACCGUUGCCGGAGUUUCCAGGCCGGUUAUUGCCAUGAAUGGACAGUAUCCCGGUCCUCCACUGAAUAUUAAUCAAGGCGACAAUGUUCAGUUCUUGGUUGAUAACCGGUGUCCAUUUAAUGCUACUGUCCACUUCCAUGGAAUUGAACAGAUUGGAACACCUUGGUCCGACGGUGUCCCCGGCGUCUCGCAGCGGUCAAUUUCGCCAAACACUACCUUCCUUUAUAGGUGGACAGCAAAUGACUACGGGGCAUACUUCUAUCAUGCGCAUCAUCGUGGUUCGCUCGAAGAUGGUCUUUACGGUCCGAUUUAUAUUGCCCCUUCAGCCUCUGUGACAAAGCCGUUCAGCCUCAUUACGAACAUUACCAGUCAGCUCAAUGCUAUGAUAAACGCCGAACGGAAUGGUUGCUCUGUUUUACUUUCGGACUGGCGGCUUCUUACCUCGGAACAGAUCUGGAGUGCGGAGGUUGCAUCUGGUGUUGAUUCCUAUUGUGCUAAUGCUUUGCUCAUCAAUGGCAAAGGGUCUGUUACUUGUCUUCCGCCUACGCAGAUUGAUGCUUUAACUACGGAGGCUCAGAGGCGUGCGUUGGGUAAUGAGAGCUUGACGGAUAUCGCAUGUUUCCCUCCAAAUCUCACCUCUGCACAGGGCAAUUUCCCACACAACUACAGUGCAAUUCUUCCUACGAUGUUCUCCGGCUGCACACCAUCUCAAGGACCCCAAGAGAUCUUCAACGUCAAUGCCUCCCAGCAGUUCGUGAGCUGGGACUUGACCAGUGCAUCCGGCGUGUUGGAACUCACCUUCUCAGUCGACGAGCAUGUCAUGUGGGUAUACGCCAUCGACGGACGCUACAUCCGCCCCGUCCAAGUGAACGCCCUCACAAUCCCAAAUUCAAACCGCUACUCCGUGUUAGUGCCACUCACCCAACCAAGAGGAGACUACACCGUGCGUCUCGUCAGUGCCAGCGUCCAACAAAUCCUCAACACAACCGCAAUCCUCCGAUACCAAGGCACCUCACAACUAAACAGAGCCUCCAAUCCCUGGAUAACAAUCAACGACCAAAACGCCACAACAGGAACAAUCUUCCUCAACGAAUCACUCGUAACCCCCUUCCCAGUUCUCGUCCCAUCAACAACCGUCGCCCGAACAUUCUUCCUAAACGUUGACCGGUUCGGCGCUUCAUACCGCUGGACACUAGGAAACGGCAGCUACGGCCUGGAAUUAGAAGAAUCACAACCUCUCCUCUUCAACCAGAGCUCAAUUCCUAGCAAUUUGGUUAUCAAAACGAAUAAUGAUACCUGGGUCGAUCUCAUCAUCCAAGUCGCCACACCCGUGCAACCACCACACCCAAUCCACAAACAUUCAAACAAGCAUUUCAUUAUCGGACAAGGGAACGGGGUGUUCAACUAUUCCACUGUUGCUCAGGCUGUUCAGGCUAUCCCUGGUAACUUUAAUUUGCUUACGCCUCAGUAUCGCGAUACAUCUAACACGCCACCUGCCACGCAGGGCCCGACUUGGCUCGCGAUUCGGUAUCAGGUUGUUAAUCCUGGCGCGUUCUUGAUGCAUUGUCAUAUCCAGGUUCAUCAAAGUGGGGGUAUGGCAUUGGCUAUGUUGGAUGGGGUUGAUACUUGGCCUACUGUUCCGCCGAAUUACUUGAAUGGGAAUGGGUUUUAG